GUCGCUCAUUGGCCAUAUUGUCAUAAGAAAAUGGUUGCCAACUAAACAAAGUGUCAUAAGACAGUGUGCCUUGCUCAUGAGUAUUCACAUAACAUACAGGUUUCAUAUCCCAUACACUCCUGGAAACAAUGAAACAAUUAGCCAGGCUUGUGAGUGGUAAGUUGUGUAAUAUCCCCCAAUCAAUAGAAACAUUCAUAUCUACUGAAAUUUUAUGACUGACAGUACAAAGUUACAAUUAGAUUAAUUUUAUCUCCAUUUCAAUUGCCCUUCCUUCACAUGACAUGUGUUGGUUGGGGCUUGCAUGUUUUCCUCCAGAGAUAUCCUCGUGGUUUUCCUGAAGGAAGUAUUCAGAGAAUGUUCAUACAAUGAAAUAGAAAAUAGCAACUCCACAGAUUAGCAAAUCCAACCAAACAAAACAUGUUUUGAUAAAUAGUGGCUUUCUUGAAAAUUGCUUCUUCAACAGAGUUCCUUUGUCUCUACGUAACAGCACAUAAAAUUUGAACCAAAGCCUUUCACUGGUAUUUUCAUAAGAUAUGAACCAAAUCUGCGACUGGUAUUUGGGUUAUCAAAGAUUACAUUUCUAAUGACAAAUAGUGGCCAUUUCGAUAAAUAUGUUAGUAGCCAUCUGGAAAAUUUCUUCUGGAGCAAAGCUCCUCCUUUAUAUCUAGGCAUCAGCGUAUAGAACUUGAAACAAAUCCAUUCACUGAUAUUUGAGUAUCAAGAUUACGUUCUUUUACAAAAAAAUAGUGUCCAUUUUGAAAUUCAGCUGCCAUAUUAAAAGUUCCUUCUCAUACAGAACUCCUGUGUACCUAGACAUUGCAUGUAAAAUUUGAACCAAAUCUGUCUACUGGUUAUCAAAAAUUACGUUUUUAAUUAAAAAUGGUGGCCAUUUUGAAAUUCAGUGGCCAUCUUUAAAAUCUCUUCUUAAGCAAAUCUCCUUUGUCCCUUGACAUCAGCAUAUAAAAUGUAAACCAUAUCCAUCAACCAGUAUUUGAGUUCUCAGAGGUUAAAUUUUUAACUUAUAAUGGUAGCCAUUUUAAAUUGAGUCAAGCCAUGUUUAAAGUUCCUUCACAAGCAGAGGUCCUACAUCCAAAAGGCAUAAACAUAUACAAUUUGAAUCAAAUCUGUUGACCAGUAUUUGAGUUAUCGCCCGGACACAUGAAUAAAUGGAAGAACAGAAAAACAAAUGGAUGGACGAACAAAUUGAUGGUUGGCUUCUCUGUAUCCCUACGAACUUUGUUCGGUGGGAUAAUUAUAACCAAAUGUCAAAGAUUGUAAUGAGGAAAAAUUGAAUGCAAUAAGGUUCCUUACAUGCAUUCAAACAGCCAAAUAAUUAGGAAACAAUAUUAACCAGAUCCUUCCAAAAGUCAUCAUGUUAUAUUUGUAUUAAGGAAACUGUCAUUAUUGAAUAAAACUUGUCACUUAUUCUUCAUAUAAUAAGAUUAAAAUUUGAUUAAUAUCAACAUUACAUUUGGUGGACUGAUGCGUUGCAACUAUUACAGUCGGGAAAUCACAAUGUUAUUUGAACUAUUUCUCAUAUGCUUUAUUUCCACCCUACAAUAUGACGAUGUUGCAGGGGUGCAGAAAUAUGAAAACUCAACUAGUCUUGGGUGUAACAAGUGCAAAUGUAAUGGAACAUUUGUGGAUUGUGCUAAUGUUAAGCUGGACUAUCUACCAGGAGACUUCCCAUCAAACAUAACUGGUCUUAGUCUUGCCAAGUGUGGACUGACAGCAUUGAAUGAUACAGAGCUUGGGACGCUUUACAAACACUUGAGGCACCUGGAUAUUCGAGACAAUAAAAUUGCUGAAUUAAAGAAUGCUACAUUUGCUGGACUGAAUGAGUUGGAAUACCUAGAUAUGGGAGGAAACAAAUACAGAGCUGAUAAAAUAGAUCCAUUUGUAUUUAGCUCACUGCCUAAUAUCUUAGAAAUCAUAGUGAGAGGAUAUGGAAAUUAUGACCAAAACAAGGAUCUAGAGCGGAACGUUUCGAAAGCUUGGUUCGACACGUUUAAAGGACUGGAAAAUUCAACAAUAGAAAGAAUCACUUUUGACGCUAUUACAGUGAAUCCCAUUAUCCUUGAGAAAGACAUCUUCAUUCCAUUAAGUAAUACAAAACUUAAGUAUCUUAGACUUUAUAAUAUAAGAUUAGUGGAAAUUGAUAUGAAUAGUCUCUUGUAUCUUCCAUUUCUUGAGGAAAUAGACAUAUCAAUGAAUAGUCUACAAAUGGAUCUUAGAUAUCUAGAUACUUAUAGAAAUUUGUAUAAUUCUAAACUCAGGCAUGUCAUUUUCCAUGAUAAUGUCCAAAAUUAUAAACCACAGAAGCACUACGAACUUUUACCAGAAUUUAUUGCAAAAUUCUUUACAAUAAAUUUCCCUAAAACUAUAGAGGAGAUCAACUUUUCCAAAUCGACUAUGACCCGUGGUGUCGGAUGUUAUAUGUCAUAUGGAUUCAAACUUGAAAGAGAUAAUGCAAUAAAAAAAUUUGAUAUAUCCAAUUUUAAAUUAAUGCAGAGACUCGGUCCUAUGCUGGGACUAGUUCAUUUAAAAGAAUUUUAUCUACAAGGUAUAGGUUCUGAAUUGUUUCCAUCUACCGUCACCUGUGAUAAUGGAGCAUUUGAAUCUAUU